AGGUGGGCGGGGCGCUAAAUGGUAUAUAAGCGCAGGACCAGCUACGAUUGCGCACUCUGCUUCCCUGACGUCUCCUCUCUUGCUGCUGCUUAGACCACACAUUAAGAUCUCAUCAUGUCGUCUGAUGAAGGAAAGCUGUUUAUCGGCGGUCUGAGCUUUGACACAAAUGAGCGGAAUCUAGAAGAGAGCUUUUGCAAAUAUGGUGGCAUCAGCGAAGUGGUUGUAGUGAAGGACCGGGAAACACAGCGAUCAAGGGGAUUUGGCUUUGUGACCUUCGAGAACGCAGAUGAUGCUAAAGACGCCAUGCAGGCCAUGAACGGGAAGUCUGUGGAUGGGCGCCAGAUUCGUGUGGACCAGGCUGGCAAGUCCUCAGGAGACAGGAGAGGAGGCUACAGAGGUGGCUCAUCUGGAGGUAGAGGAUUCUUCCGUGGGGGCAGAGGACGUGGUGGUAGUGACAGAGGCUAUGGAAGCAGCCGGUUUGAGAGCAGGAGUGGGGGAUAUGGUGGCAGUGGUGGCUCCAGGGAUUAUUAUGGCAGCGGCAGGAGUCAAGGAGGCUAUAGUGAUCGCUCAGGAGGAUCUUACAGAGAUGGCUAUGAUAGCUACGCUACACACGAGUAAAAUACCUUCCUGACUCAAGAUCAUCCUUCCAAUGGCUGUAUUUAUAAAGAUUUAUGGAGCUUCGCAGAAUCGUUAAUGUGUAGUACAUCUGUGUUCACUUUUUUAUCUGUUCAAUUUACUCUACAGCCUAACUAGUAAUGGACAGCUGUCCCAAAGGGUGUAUCUCUAGGAACUUUUAUAUUGUUACUUUUUAAUGUUAUGGUUUCAUAUUGUUAGACUUCUCACCCUUGCUGUUCCAUUGGGGCUGCUCAGAUGAGGAGCUCCUUUUGCAUAAUGGAGUUUGAGCAGGUACAUGCAUCAGUAAAUGGUUUCUGCUCAGAUGGAGUGAAGCUUCUGCAUUAGCAGCCCAGUCUGUUAAUGGACAUGCUCUCCAACAGCAUGGUCUUACUGGAUCUCUUGCUGUUCUGUAUAUAUAGUCAAGGGGCUUGGGACCCUAUAGCUUUUUUUGUUUGGUUUUUUUUUUUUUUGAGCACAUGCCAUCUGAAAUAAUGGUCCUUUAGUGUAACAAGGUAGGCCUGAUUCUUGGUGCGCUGUAAAUAGUGGCUAAACCUCCUUGAUAUAUCUAAAGUGAACAAUCCAAUCUCUUAAUGUCGCAAGAAGUUCUUGAAUGUUUGUUUAUAUUGUCAGUUUUUUCUUUUACUAAAACAUGCAAAUAUUGUAUUGAAGUGGUUACAGAAUUCUUGUUUUCUACUUCCGCUUGGCUUCACGAAGCCUAUUAAAAGACCAUCUGAAAAGAAA